AUGCGGCGCGCCAGCCGAGACUAUUCCAAGUACUUGCGCGGCGCCGAAGACCUGGGCGCCAGCGCCGCCCACGAGUGCGCCCUGCCGCCUCCGCCGCUGCCGGCGCCAGGUGGGGCGCCCGCCCAGGCCCACGCACCGUCCGCCUCUAGGUCCCUCUUGGCCGCGCUGGUGCUCCUGGGUGUGGGGCAGGUGAUCUGCAGCGUGGCCCUGUUCCUCUACUUCAGAGCGCAGAUGGACCCUAACAGAAUGUCAGAAGAAGAUACACACUGUUUGAAAACCUUCCUGAGACUUCAAGGGAAUAUAGACCUGCAGGAAACAACUUUGGCCAACCAAGAAACAAGGCUCAUGUCCGAAUCAUGCAAAAGGAUGAAACAAGCUUUCCAGGGAGCGAUGCAAAAGGAAUUCCAGCGUUUUAUUAUUGAGAAAGACCAAUCAAGAUCAGAGAAAUCUAUAAUGGGAGCCUCACGGUUGGAUUUGACCAGGAAAAACAAACCUGACGAACUACCUUUUGCCCACCUCAUCUUCGAUGGCAGUAAAAUUCCAGCUGGUGCCCAUAGGGUGAACCUCACAUCCUGGCAUCAUGACAAAGGCUGGGCAAACAUAUUAAACAUGACUUUCAGUGAUGGAAAAUUAAUAGCCAAUCAUGAUGGCUUUUACUACCUGUAUGCCAGUGUAGGCUUUCGACACCAUGAAACAGUGGGAAAUCUAACUAGAAAAAUUGUGCAGUUGAUGGUGUACGUGACAAAAACUGAUGUUAAAAGGAAAAGCUCUAUAGUCCUGAUGAAGGGAGGAAGCACAAAGAAUUGGUCAGGAGACACGGAAUUUCAUUUUCAUUCUGUAAAUGUAGGAGGGUUUUUCAAACUGAAAUCUGGUGAAGUAGUAGGUAUCCAGAUAUCAUACCCUUCAUUACUGGAUCCCUCUCCAUCAGGAACUUACUUUGGGGCCUUUAAAAUAAGGGAUAUUGAUUGAGCCUAGCUAGAUUUUUUUUUAAAGGGAAAUAUAUUUAUUCAACUGGACUAGAUUACCGGGGUGUGUGCUUAACAGCCUGUGGGGUCCAGUUGUACAUGAAUGAGACUUUCUCUAUGGCCGCCUUACCCACAGCUGAGUUGCAGCUCUACAGUGCUUGACUAAAACGUUUUGUGGUAAUCUGGCUUGUGGAUUGGGAUACCGUGUGGAUAUAAAUUGGCAGCAAGUCUAGAAUGGCAUCUAAAGUAUUGGUUGUAAAAACACUUUAAAUACAAACACACUUUGGCUUUGUACUGCAUGGGAAAUAAAGGCUUGGAUCCAGACCAAGUUAGUUGCAAAUUAGGACCCAUUCAAACAAUGCAAGAAGUUAAGUUCCAUUGAUUUUAAAUAGAAAUGAAAUGUAACUACACUGCAGGGCAAUCUUAUACACCGCUACUCAGAAGUCCCUUUGAGUUCAAUGAUGCUUUCUCCUAUCAAAGUGUAUAUAGGAUUCCAUCGUAAGGCCAGAAUCCUAACCGCUCUUACUAAAGAGCAAGUCUUGUUGGACUUAGUGGGACUACCUUCUGAGUAGUCAUGUUUGGGAUUGCACUGUUAGUCUGGAUCCAACUCAUGUGUUUUUGAAUCUACCUAACCCCUCCAUUGAUGGAAGACUUGGAGCAUUUUAAAAGUUUGUUUUGUAUGCUACUCUGUAAAUAGGGUUGCAGAACCUCCUUCAACCUAAGGACUGGACUCCAAUUUGGAGACGCUCUUGGGGGCUGCAUUCCAGUGAUGGGUGGAGCCAAAGGCAAAUGCGGCAGGGCCAAAAUCCUCCCCAAAUACCAGCAUAUUUUAGCAUAAAGCUCCUGCUGCCAUUAACUAAGCCUUUGGAGAGGCAGUCCAACCUUUUAGAAUGGGGGAAAAGCUGCUCAAAAGCUGG